AGUGAGCUGAAAGAGGCAACCUGGCGAGUGCUUCUCCGCGCUGAGGCUCACGCUUUGGUACUGGAGGCCGAGACUGUUCUGGCGACGACGACCUGUACGGAGACAGCUGAGGCUCUCAAAAGAGCGGCGGGGUAGGGUCUGAAGGAGAGGCUUCAAGUCAGCCCAGGCAGCUGGAAGGUGAACACCAGAGAGGCAGACUACACUGCACAAGGAGCUUUACAAGGUUCUGUCAAAAUGAAUGGAUCCAGUGUGGUGAACACACCACCUAGCGUAAAAUCCAAAGAGGACCAGGGGUUAAAAGGGCACGAUGAGAAGGAAAACCCAUUUGCAGAGUACAUGUGGAUGGAGAAUGAAGAGGAUUUUAACAGACAGGUGGAGGAGGAGCUGCAGGAGCAGGACUUUUUGGAUCGGUGCUUCCAGGAGAUGCUGGAUGAAGAAGACCAAGACUGGUUUAUUCCAUCACGAGACCUGCCUCAGGUCAUGGGACAGUUGCAACAACAGUUAAAUGGACUGUCUCUCAGUGAUGGUCAUGAUUCUGAAGAUAUUUUGAGCAAAAGUAACCUGAACCCAGAUGCCAAGGAAUUUAUUCCAGGAGUGAAGUACUGAGCUGACAGAAAAGCUUUGAGGAGGACUUGUAUGUCCCCACAUCUGGGGACAGUGCUGCAUAAAAAGUCAGAGCUGAAGGGUGGGGGGAGGG